GCCCCCUCAAGGAUUGAAUUUACAACCCUGGGUUUAGCAGGCCAAUGCUCAAACCACUGAGCUAUCCCUCCCCCCAAUCAAUAUGUAGCUUGUACUGUUGCGUGCUGAGAUGAGAGGCUGAGAAUUAAAGGCCGAGGCAGCUUCCAGUUAUAAAGCAGGUUUUUGAUCCCUCUGUCAAAUUUUUACCCAAAAUAAACCUAUCCACCUGUGAAACUUCGGAUGGGUUCUGCCACCAGCCUAGUUCUCCUAGGAAUACUGUGAGGCAAAUUGGAAAAGAGGGUUGGGUGACAUGAGGGGUCCAAAACCGAGCUGAUUAAUUUCUUGAGAAGUUUCCUACUCAGAACUCUGAGGGGAAACUCAAACUUGUUCUGGUUGGCUGGGCUUGUGAGGCCAUUCACUCUGGCUCUGUCGGUCUGCGGGGUGGUAACUUUUGAACGCUUCAGCUAAUCAAUUCCAAAAUUGCAGGGAAUGUUCCAGCCAGCCAUGGCCAGAACCCUAUUGAUUGCAGGGAAAAUCAGAAAGCUGAAAGGGGGGAAAUGGGGAGUAUAUGGAGCCCCUGGCCUUUGUUUAGCUUCAAGCACCUCUGCAAUUGUCUAUGGAUCAAACAGCUGGAUGAUGGCCUUCAAGCGUAAGGAGAGCCCUUCUUGUCCUCCCAAGAGAAACUAACUUAUGGACACCCAGACAGAUAACAACCACAGGGUACAGAAUGGGGGGAUUCUGGUUUGGGGGUGGGAGAAUGGGGAGUGCACAACUCCUGGCAGUGGGAGAAUGCAUAAGUCCCUACAAUAGAGGGAGAUGUGAGGGUGGCAUCUGGGAAGAUUGUGGGGGGGCUGCCAGGAGCACCUCAUGUGAGCAGUGCACUCUCCCUAUACAAGCUGUAAGUGUAUGACACGCUAAUCUAUUGGUCUGGAUGAGGACUGGUGCAGGUGGCGUUAAGUGUUAGAACUUUCAUAGAUUAGAAUAGGUGCCUUCAGGGGAAGCUUUGCACCUUAAAGCAGCUAAAGUUUCUUCCUUUAGGCAUGUGUGGGGUUCGUGAGUGCACAGCUCCUCUUACAGAGCUUGGGGAACCCUGCGGCAGCCAGAUGGCAGCUUCUCCACCCAUGCACAAGUGUUUAGGAGCCUCUCCCACUCUGAGAGCCAUGAAGAGUUCCUCCUUUGGGUGCCACUCGGGAAGCUCCCAUCUGGAUUGUAUGGAGAGCCAGUGACCCCAACCCUCACUCCUCUAGCAAACUCCCAAGUUCUAGCCUGUCUCAGUCAGGCUGUAAUUCUUUGCACUGUAGCACUUAAGGAACUGCUUCCAUUUUACAUAUGGAAGACUGGAGCUCAGAGGGUAAGUGACUUACCUGAGGGGUCACAGCAAGUCAGGGUUAGAACCCACAUCUCAGAGCCCGUGUGUGUGUUCCUGGAUCACUUGUCUAGGAGCUGGCUGGUGGCUAGCUUCACUCUGAACUAGUAUUCCAGCUGGCGAGGUCAGAUAAUGGCAGUACCACCUCGUUGAUCAGUGCUGUAGCUGAUGGUGAUGUCACUAAGCAUCCAGGCUGUAGCAUGUGCCUGCUGGAGGAUCUAUUCUAGAAGUGUCCUGAUCUGUCUCUAGGGUACUGACACAGUCCCCAUCACCGUAGUAUCUGAGUAUCUCAGUCUUUCCUGUCUCUCUCCUCAUGCACCCUGUGGGGCAGGGCAGUUAUCCCCACUGUACCGCUGGGGAGCUUAGGCUAAGUGACGCGCCCAAGGUCUCACAGGGAGUCUGUGGCAGAGCAUGGAACUGAACCAGUAGGCCAUCCCUCAUCUCUGGCAAACGUGUGCAGGCAGAAUGACCAAGGGAAGGAGGAGUUGGAAGUGUCCAUAAAACACCUUCUGUGUCUGGUAACCCUCUGGCUUCACUAUCCAGAGACCAUUGCUGACAUAGCCCUGAGACCCACCCCGCUCCCCCUGAGGCCAUGAGUGGGGAGAGCAGAGCACUAGGACUGUAUUUGCAGAGGCAGCAGCAGUCUGAUUCCAUCUAAGACAAGCAAGUCCUUUCCUGUCCUCACAGCGUGCCUAGAGACCAGCUUCCUGUCACCCACAGUCCUGAGGAACCCUCCCCCUGUGGAAAUAGUGUAUAAAUGUGUUUACCAUUUCCCAUCCUGUUGCCAGACAGCUGAGAGCUUGUCGACAAAUGGGGGUGUGAAACUACAUCCUCCUAGGACCGUUCAGGCAAGUGCCCCCCCCUCCGACCUGCAGAGGAGAGGGGCAAAAGCUUGCACACAUCCGUAUGGUGGCUAGCUGGGCAGGUUCACUCACCUGUCCUCUCUGGAAGGUGGGAGCAACUAACUCUUCUAAGUCUAAGCUAGAUCCCUAGCAGCCGACUUCUGGUCCUUGCAGGAGACCAUGCUCUGAGGCCUGUUUAGUGUGUGUCUCCCCCUUCCCCCCCACUGGCAGGCACUGUCCUCACAGUGAGUGCAGACCACUGCUCCCUGCUGGUGGGGGAGUCGGCACACUGCCCUGGGCUGCACAGAUCUGCAGGUGCUGCCUUACCUUUCUGGGCAGGUGCAUGCAGUGUUUUGUGUACCCCUCCUGAGGCAGCCCAGGUGCUAACACUCUCCUCUCCCACCUCUGUUCUUAGUGAAGUUCAUGCGGGAAGUGACUCCCUACAUUAAGAAGCCGUCGCUGGUGUCAGACCUCCCGUGGGAUGGGGCAGCUCCCCAGUCACCGAGCCUGAGUGGCAGCGAGGACUCCGGCUCCCCGAAGCACUACAAUGGCACCAAAGACAGGAAGGUGAUCCCUCUGAAAAUGUGCUUCGCCGCCAGGAACUUGAGCAUGCCGGACCUGGAGAACAGGUUGAUAGAGCUGCACUCUCCGGACAGCAGAAACACCCUGAUCCUGCGGUGCAAAGACACAGCGACAGCACACUCCUGGUUCACAGCCAUCCACACCAACAUCAUGGCCCUCCUCCCUCAGGUGCUGGCUGAACUCAAUGCCAUGCUAGGUGCCAACAAUGCCACAGGAAGUAGCAAGGAGGUCAAACACAUCGCUUGGCUGGCAGAACAGGCUAGACUAGAUGGAGGAAGGCAGCAGUGGCGGCCCAUCCUCAUGGCUAUGACAGAGAAGGACUUGCUGCUCUAUGAUUGUAUGCCCUGGACGAGAGACGCAUGGGCAUCACCUUGCCACAGCUACCCUCUUGUUGCUACCAGGCUGGUUCACUCUGGCUCCGGGCGCAGAUCACCUUCUCCGGGAUCCGAGCUCACCUUUGCAACGAGGACAGGCUCUCGCCAGGGCAUUGAAAUGCACGUUUUCAGGGUGGAGACGCAUCGGGACCUCUCCUCCUGGACCAGGAUGCUAGUUCAGGGCUGCCAUGCUGCUGCGGAGCUGAUAAAGGAGGUGUCCGUAGGUUGCAUGUUGAAUGGCCAGGAGGUGAAGCUCACAGUCCAUUAUGAAAAUGGAUUCACUCUCUCCAGGGAGGAGGCAGGCUCCAGUCGCACCCUGUUCCUCUACCCCUUUGAGAAGCUUAGAGUGUCUGCAGAUGAUGGCAUCAGGAACCUCUACUUGGAUUUUGGUGGCCCAGAGGGGGAGCUGACCCUGGACCUGCACUCCUGUCCCAAACCCAUUGUUUUUGUGUUGCACACUUUCUUGUCAGCCAAAGUCACCCGUAUGGGACUGCUUGUGUAAGAUGUGAAGGAUCCCAACAGCUCCGAACAACACAUCUACUGUCCCAGCAGCACAAAAGACCCUAGUUUGUGGUGACCUCCUGCAGUACCAGUGCCUUGACAAAGACUGACUCAUGCCAGAACCAUGACAGUGUGGAAGGAAGCUCCUGCCCUCCUCAGAGCCCUAGCCAGAAACUCCAGCCUCUCCACAAUCCCCUGGAAUAACUGCUCCACCUGCCUAGAAAGUCCUGAGGCCAGGCUGCUGCUGGUAGCUGAAGCGGUUCUCACAUUCUCCCUUUCCAGCCACUGCCUGGCUGCUGGCCAUUUCAGACACUCUUCUUCCUGACGCCUCUGGGAUUCGAUUGUCGCCCUGAAGACUCGACGUAAAGCCGAGCAUCCGGCACUCUUCUGUUGCAAGAAGAGCCGUUGGCAUGGGGCUGUGAGGGGGGAGCUGGUUAGGGCAGGAACUGUAAUCAAUCCGUAUGACGUCAUUUUUAUUGCUUACCAACUGUGCCUUUGGCGUAAGGUGGGUGGGGCUUUACUGGAGCUGGGGAUGAGGAGACUGGGAGUUCAGCGCUGGUCGCUCUGGACAAGCAUUCCAUGAGCCCCCGCCCCCGGCUCGUUCCAAGCUGCCUGGCCUCCCCUGGGAGAAGUGAACUGUUGCAAAGAUGGACUUGCGGCUGUGCGGCAGCUCUCAUGGCGUCAUGUAGGCGAGGCUGAGUUUGCUGAGGAUUCCUCUUGGAGGGAGGGGGACUCUUCUGGGAGCUGGUGAAUCCUGCCUCUUCCUUUUGCAGUCGAUAAAUAUUAGGGGAGGGUACGCAGUACACCCUUCACUGUGGCUUCUGACCCUAGUCACAGAGUCAGAGGAGGGGUCUCUGAACGACUGACCCGGCUCCCUCUGUUGCCACAAAGCCACCUUCCCAGGGAUCCUUGGUAAGGAAGCGGCCUGUCCUCCUCACUAGCCAGUGGGAUGGGUAGUCAGGGAGAUUUCAGUCACUUUUCUGACUUGCUUUGGGCACCUGGAAACAUCCUAAAUACAGAGCACUUGGUGCUUUUUGCUGAUGCUUCUUACCGAGGCCCCCGAUGGUCAAAUGCGACAGGACAGAUGCCACAUGGCUGGAGCGGAGGCACCGAAAGGCCAGGUGGUUGUGUGCUCCGAGAUGAGCUGGAAUGCGAAAAGCAGCUGAUGCCCUAUGGUGAUGCACACAGCCUCUGGGCCUGGCAACUUCCUUCUGAGACCCUAGCAGCACCCUCUUCUUCCCUAGUGCUGGGCUGCCUGUCUCCCUCAGCCUGUGCUAGGCCCCUGGGCCCAGGUGUGCGUGCUGCAGGGCGGUGGGGGACAGGGAGACAAGGUGGGGGAGAUAGUAUCUCUUUUAUUGGACCUCCUUCUGUCGGUGAGGGGGACCAGAUUUCAAGCCCCACAGAGCUGUGCGCAUGCUGGCACAGCCUGUCCCAUUCCUAAAGAAGGUUUUCUGAACAUCUGCAGGGCUGAGGGGGGGGGGGCAGGGAAAUUGCAGUGCUUCCUUCACUCUGGGGGCAGAAUUUGCACACAGGGCUGUUGGAAGCCCCCUCCAGCGCAUCACUGACCUCUUCCCAACAGGACUCAGGGCACCUGGCAAUGCAGCCUGGCUCAAAACUCUUGAGAAACAGAUUUCACUGCGUAACCCAGAUCUUCAGCAGGGCCGGCACCCUCCAGCUCUCUUCCUAGAUUCCUGGUCUCUCUCAUGCUUGGGAAGAGCUGUACCUGGGACACCCAGAGAUGGGGGGCAGGGACUCCAGGAGCCCCACUGCGCGCACACAUCAGGUGGCUUGGACAGUCCUUUGAGGCUCUGCUUGCUUCCUUGGAGCCUCUAGCGCCCACUGUUGUGAGUGUUUGAUUCCCAGUGUACGUUGCUCAGGAUUAACUCCUGGGAUUCAGCUUCUCAAGUUACCAGUGUACUGAGCUUUCCGAGACUGGCUAGAGCCUUGUGGGACACGUACUCCAUCUGCAGACCAGUACGGUAGCCCAUUAGUGGCACAGAUCGACAGCUUGAUGUAACUAGACUUAGGGUGAGAAUUCACAGCACAAAACGUUUGACGGUGAACCUAAGAGCAUGCCGCCUCGAGCCUGGCCUUCCCCAGAACAGGCUCGCAGUGUGUGAAGAAGCGAUUCUGGAGGGCACACGUCCUUUAAGUGAGGUAUGAAGCCCAGAUUGUCCUGCCAGCGCAGCAGCCUGCUGAAACCCUAGGGAGGGAGUGUUCUUCACAGGCCCCUCACAACUACGUGGCCUAUGCCCGAUGCCUAGCAGCUCAUUUCCAAACACUGGUUUAGCAACCAGCAAAAGCCAAUCAAUUGAAACGUGUUUGUUUAAACAACAAAUCAUGCUAGGUUAUAACAUACUUAGAAUAGUGUCUUAGCUGAUUGGGGUUUAUGAAGUGAAUAUAAAGUUAAUAUAAAGUGAGUUCCAUCACAGUACUGAUUUGGAUAGGUUUGUGUUCGCCCAACAGACUGUUAUCUGGUCUGUGGACCAAUUGGAAGAGUUGUCAUUUCCACGCAAGGCUGUUAAGCUCUUCAGUCUAUUUUAGCUGCUCUUAAAGUGGAUAUUUUAGCUCUAGUAUGGUUGGGGUUUGUGCCACCAGUCCAGCGAGUGCUGGAAACCACAGCGUCUGCAUGGUGAAAAAUCUACUGCAGGGAGAGUAGACUUGUUCUAAGCCUCAGUUCUUAGACAACCCGUAAAGAAAUACUCUUAACGCCACAGGGUGAUUAAGCUGUUACCAUGUUAGACUAUUUUCUUAUCUAAAUGUCCGUUUUCUUUCAUUUGCAGCUUCACCACAUUGGUGGCUGUAAAGCACUGGAAUAUUUUUACAGUUAGAGGCUAGGCCAGUUUGGUCUCUUACCAAAAGCCACAUGUCAACUUAAAUUAGAAUUCUGGACAAGGUCCCUCCUUCUCCCAGGAAAACGUGGCUUGCUAGGAACCAGGUUUACGAGGGUAAAGAUGGGGUCCAUCAGCAGGGGAAUAGUCACCCCUGUUGUACUGGAAGUGUGAGUAGUGUCAGUAUAUCACAUAAAAUGGGACAGUCUCUCCCCCCCACCCCCAUUAUUCCUUCAUUCUGCAAACUACCUAAUAAGCUGCUAUGCAAAUUGUUGUGCCCUGGCUGGUUUCAAGGGGUUAGAUAUCCCUGAGGAUUUCAGGGAACAACUUGUAGACUUAAGCACUUUCUCUGCUUUUUUAUUUUGCUCUGACACUUAAGGUUGAGUGGUUGCUAUGUUAAGUUCUGGUGGUGGUCACUGAUUGUCAGUACUGCCCCGGAUCUGUGCAAAACUUCAGUGUAAAUGCCUUGCUGUCAGGGGGGUGAACUCUUCCCAAAUCACCUGUCACUAGCAAAGCUCUGGUUGAGGUGGCAACUGAAAUGUCAAGAGUAGACGCCAAAUCGAAUUGCACAUGAUGGACGUUUGGCUUAACAGGAGGUUAUUUUAACUCAUUUCGAUUGGAUUUGGAUUUCUGUGGGAGGUAGGGGAGUACUUAGUACUGCCUUGUCAUAACCGCCCACUACAAGCUGAGCUGGCACCCCUUGUGCACGGCCAGCUGGAAUGAAGUACAGUAUGGUCUGUCUUCCCCUUUGCAUCAGACGUGGUAUAGUUAAUGUGCAGAAAGGCUCACGCUACCAGCCUGAAACUGUCUCCCAACCGACCCAGGUUCCUUCCCAGGCUUCGCUGUGUUAGGAAUUACAUUCUGUCCUGUUUAAGCAAUCACUUUUGAGCCUUUUGCCACAAAGCCUGAAUUCGAUCCUGACUUGCUUCACCAGUGAAGCCCCUGAGAUCUCAGCCUAGUCCGCAGAGAACCUGUGUCCAAACCAGACCAAUCUUCUCAUUCGCGUGAGCAUCCGUGUUCACUGAUUGGAGGCUCAGGUCUGUUGCGGAUCAGAGGUACUUGGGGAAACUUGCCAGUUUGCACUCUGCCUAGUUCUCCCCAGGGCUGUCUUCCAUUCAUGCCAAAUAUCUGCCCUGUUACAGAAUGCUGCAUGCUCUCCUGGAACGCUGCGAGCCAUCGCUUACUCUGGAAGCUCGGGUCCUCUUAGCUUUUAAGGUUUUUAAUGUUGGUAUUAAAAGCCUGUUCUGCAGGCUGAAUUUCUGAUGCUCAGGCCCCCACUGUGUCCCAGCUCCUCCCCAGAAGUGUUGAGGUACCAGAUUUAUCUGCAGUACAUACACUAUGUGCCUCACCUGGCCUCGUUUGUUUCUGGUGGCAGCAGGCGCCCCCCUUCCCAGAGGCUGUGUAGAGACAUGAGGAAAUGUACAAACUCCUGGGAGCUUGCUCUGUCUUCCCUGUAAGUGGGGGAAAGGGCUGCGAGAGACUGCUCCUGCCCCCUCCCACAUCUAUGCAAACCUCGGGAUUUUGAGUGAGGCGAUAUGUUGGAAAGCUAGAAAAUGCCCCAUGUGGCGCUCCGGCUCGGCAGCUGGAGAGCUGUUACAGCAUUCCAUGUGGAAGAUACACCACUGAGAGGCAUCCCAGGUUAUCCUUGGAAACCAGAGGGAGGAGAGGAGAAUAUCUAUGCUGAGCUUGUGUUUUCUGUCCAGAAUAAGAGCAGGCAAGUGUCUUAAAUAUGGGGGGGGGGGUAAUUAAACUAGUGAAUGGUGUUUACAAAACCUUACAUAAGCUGCGUAGAUUUUAAAAGCUAUCUAGUCAAUCAAUUCCUCCUACCAACUCCUCUUCAAACAGCACUUGUGGGAUCGACUCCCAGAGUUAAUACUCUGCAAAAUCUUUGCAGAUUCUUGUGCUUUCCCCAAUACAACAUUUCUAUGCCUGUGGCUAAUUCCCACAACUGAAAGCAGACAUGGCACGCAUGGCUUCAUUUGUAACGAAAGAGGUGCCCGGGCUCAAGCAAUUUUUUUACUUUCCUAACUGACACGCCAAGCCCAAAGGUGCCGGGGCUGAGCCUGGCGGAAAUGAAGCACUGCUUGCAUGUAGAAACCAGGCUACACUUUUCUUUAAAAGGAGGCCAGUAGCCUCUUCGCGUUAGAUAAUCAGCAAUAAAGAAAAUGGAUGUGAGACUAGUAAAGGCAAAUGCGUCUUUGGCUGUGAAUCCCACUCCUGGUGUGCAUGUGCUUCGUGGGAGCCAUGUGGCCAGAGCAGCCUGAAGCACCAUGGUUGCCGUAAGGCUAAGUAACCGUUCUCUACAGCCAGCCCACCUCUGCCUUUGGCCUUUAUGCUGCCAGGAUUUUGCUACAUGAGUUAAUUCUGUUUCUGCUGCUGAUCUUGCAGCCUCCUGGCCUGCAAUACAGUACAUCAAAACCUUGAUUGCACUUUCAUGUUCUAGAAUUUGGGGGAACUACAGGGCUAGUUCUGCCUGGUUUUAAAAAUAAAUUCAUUUGCAGUGACAUCUCUUCUCUGCUGAAGAAAAUUAAAAAAAAAAAUCCCCUUGGCACAUCAAUGUUUGUGGUGCUCCAUUUUCCUUUUAGCAUAUCUGCCUGUCUGGGAUCAGCCAGUGUAGGGGAUCUCACUACAGUGAAUCAGUGAUAAGUUUACAAUUUGGGUCAAUAGAGCAUUACAAGCCGCAGGUGCUAGAGACAAGAACCCUGUAGGUAUAACUGACCCCAGGUCAUCUGAAGAAUAACUUGCACCGAACCACUACAAAUAAACUGUUUUUUAACCUGUGCAAACUCUAUGCUGUUUGAUAUGAUAUAAUCAAGGCACAGACUGUAACACUCCCAUGAAAAAAAUAAAUAAGAUGCAAUCAAUUCUAUUUUUGUAUUCUUUGUAGUUCACUAUUUAUACAAUUCUUCCUUUUUUGAGGUUUUUAAUCUCUAGCUUUUGGAACUUCCAGGUUACCAAAUCCAAAUAACCCAAGUGGUGACAAGCAGGGGAGUUUGUGUAUUUCACAAUCACAUUAAAGCUUUAUGUGUACUCUAUAAAUAUAGAUGCAUAGACAACCUAUUGUCCCUUGAGUUGCAUGUUAACUGUAUAGUAUUGUACAUUACAAUGAAAAUGUAACUGAAGGGCAAGUAUAACCUUUAUACUGUAAAUAACAAUAAAGGCUUUUAUGCUUUUA